AUGCGUUACCUUACAAGGCUGAAUGCACUCAGUGGGCUUGCCUUUGUUAGUCUCCUCAUCGCUGUGAGACUGCUUUAUGUUUCCGGCAAUGGCCUGCCUUUUCCGGGAAAAUGGGGUGGUACUACUGCUGUGAUUCCCGGGGGAGCCGAGCAUAGGCUUGUUGUCUUUGGUGACGCUUGGAGCUAUACCGGUUCACGCCUUGAAAAUGAAGGUAAAUCCUGGCCUGAAUGGGUUUGUACAAUGUGGCCUUGCCGCCUAGAAAGCUAUUCUCAGAAGAACCAUGCUUGCAAGGGUCCUUUGUGCGGAUCUGUCGUAGAUGACGCCGAACUCCAGAACCUCCAGUCGGACCUGAAUAGCGUGAGGGAACCACUCCCGGACCUUCGUGGUCAGAUUGAUCAGUGGCUGGCUGCCGAGCAAGCUGCAGUCGGGACCAAUCCCGCGGACAGCGACAUCCAAGCUCGUAUGAAUAGUACUGUCUUUGCCGUAUCAUUUUUGGUAUGGGAUGUUUGGAAAUUCCUCCGGAUGCCUUUUGAUGAUACAAAGGGCUCCACGAGCCGCAGUAUUGACGUGCUCUUCGAGCAACUAGAUCGCCUUCCCGCACAAAGCGGUUCUAACGACCUCAAGGUGGUUCUCAUGCUGUCUAUUGACCCUACCUUUCUUCCUGCUUUCGACGUAAGCUCAGGCCAGAAGGACCUAGUAUCGGUAGUCACCAAUUGGAACCAGGAAUUGCAAGAGAAGGCCAAGAACUGGCAAGGCGGAUCAAUCUUUGUUUUUGAUACAAACGAAUUUCUCCUCGAUCAAAUCCGCGGGAGGCAGUUCUACAUAGCGGGAAUGCUUGAUGGAAAUGGAUUAUGGGAUCAGAAUCCCUGGGACGACGUCGAGCACCCGUGUGUGGAGACCACCGACACUGGCAAAUGGAUGCCAUUUCCGGGAAACAAGGACGAACGAUGUGAAAACCCUGAAAGGUUCCUUUUCUGGGAUGGCAUGCAUCUCGGCCCGGCGGCGAAUCAGAUGAUGGGUACAGAAAUCUUCCAUGGCAUUGACUCUUCUUGGAACAACUCUACGUCUACUGAAAGCGACGACGAGCAAGUUCAAGAGACAAACAACACGCCUAUAAAUAGACGCAGGAUCAGGAGGAGCACUUCUCUUUCUCCCGAGAGCUAA